AUGUUCACUCCUGUGUUCUCCAACCAGUCCGACUGGGGUAUCUACCUCUUCUUCGCCCUUGUCAACUUCAUCGCCAUCCCCUUCGCCUGGUUCUUCUACUGUGAGACCGCCGGUCGUGAUCUCGAGGAGAUUGACAUUAUCUUCGCCAAGGCCCACGUUGAGGGCAAGUGGCCCUACCAGGUCGCACAGCAGAUGCCCAAGCUCUCCAUUGCCCAAAUUACCCAGAUGCAGAACGAGCUGGGUCUCGAUACCUCCGAUCUCCAGAUCAACACCGAAGCCGAGAAGGCUGAGACUGCCAUGAGCAGCAGCAGUGAGGCCAAGCACGACGAGUAA